GUCUUGGUGCAGCGCUGAAAAUGGUCCCCCAUGUUUUCCUUUCAAAGUGCGGUCAGUAGGCUCGGUUACUGUCAACAUGUCGGGCGCCAGGAAGGGCCGCUCGGUGGCCAACGCUCUGGACACAGCCUUAACCACACCGAGCGAGCGGAUCCUGAGGGAAUGUCACAGUCUGUAUGUGGACAACGAGAACGACCUCGUGAAAAUAGCCUCCAGUCUGGGGCUGAGGUUGCUGCCACCUCGAAAGAAGAUAAUAGUGAUGAUUAUGGGGAACCAUUCUGCUGGGAAAAGCUCCUUUAUUAACUGGUACGUGGAGGAGCACAUUCAGAAGACAGGUGUUGCCAUAGAAACGCAAGGGUUCACAUUUAUAACCAGCGGCAGGAAAAGAGAAUCACUGACCGGGAAUGCCACGCUCCACCUCUACCCACAUUUCAGACCGCUCCUGGAGUUUAAAGGUGUCACGGACUACCUGUCUGCUGAGAUCUCCACCUCCAAGCAGAAGAAAUUCAGCCUGGUGACGUUUGUGGACACACCGGGGCUGGUGGACGGAGACAUGAUCUACCCCUUCGAUGUCAACAGCGCCAUCACGUCGUUUGGCGAGCAGGCGGAUCUGAUCUUCGUGUUUUUCGACCCUAUGGGGCAGGCGCUGUGUAAGCGAACGCUCAACAUCGUGGAGAAAUUGAGCGAGAAAUGUGGAGACAAAUUACGCUUCUACCUCAGUAAAGCUGACGAGGCGGGACGAGAGACAGACAGACAGAGAGUGAUGAUGCAGAUCGUUCAAGAGCUGUGCCGCAGACCAGGACUCAACAAAUGUGGCUUUGAGAUGCCCACAAUAUACAUCCCCAAUCCACAGAGACCGAGCAGGUGCGUGAAUCAAAUCGACGAGGUAUGUGAGACAAUAGAGAAGAGCAUUAACCAAGCUGUGCAGAAAACCCUGGACCAGCUGGAGAAAGACUGUGACCUUAUCACCUCCACCAUCAGCAAUAAGCUGGCCCAGGACAGGGCCAACAUGAGCUAUAAUAAGAGCAGCCGCAUCAACUCGUUCCUGUGCGGACUUCUAGCGUUCUUCCUCCCCGCACUCUUCAUCACCGGCUUUCUUGUCACCACUUUUGCCCCAGAGGAGUUAGACACACUGGUCGGGGAGGGGCUUGCUAGGGUCCUCUACAUGUCUACGGCAGUAGUGAUGUAUCUGUGGGAGUGGAUUCCUGAAGAUGGACAGUUGGUUUCGAUCAUCGUGUUUGGAGCGAUGUGCUACUUUUUCUUUUUCCUCGCCAGGUAUUUUGCAGGCCAAGGCUAUAAGACUCUCACGAAGAAAGAGAAGAAGAAUCUGAUGGAGUGCAGUGAGUACGUUCAGGAUGUCAUCAAAGCCAAAAAGAAGAGGCUGUAUGAAGAAUACCUCCAGCAGUGUGCAGCGGAAUACGAUUUCUAAACCAAGCACAAACCACCAUGGAAGACUUCGUCAGUGGGCAUUGUAUAGUAGCAAAAUAAGCACAUCUUUAAGGCAGAUGGUAUGACAGUUAUAUGCUGUGUGUUUCUUACAUCACAUAGUUCUAUGUAGUCGACAUAUAUAUCGCUGUUGUCCGAAGAAAACUUUGUAUCUCCAAAAUGGUAACUUUACAGGAGAAGGAAAACUUUACUUUCAAUGUAAGUCAAUGGAACUUUUUUUUCCAAGUAAUUUUGGGUCGUU